AUGUCCGUUGCCAGUUGGCAAAAGCUUGGCUCUAUUGACAUCAUCCAAAAGAAGGUUCCCGCUAUUAAGGCAGGCGAAGUUCUGGUCAAGGUAGCAGCUUCUGGUAUUUGUGGCACUGAUCUUCACAUAUGUCGCGGUGAGACACCCCAUGCAUCCCAAAAGGUGGUCAUUGGACACGAAUUUUCUGGGAAUAUUGUGGCCGUUCAUGAACAAUCCAAGACUAGUCUUUCUGUUGGAGAUCUGGUAUCAAUUGACCCUAACGUUCCAUGCAACGCGUGUUCUUUCUGUCGUAACAAGAAGUACCAUCUCUGCAAUGACUUGUUUUGUAUCGGGGUUACGGUUGAUGGUGGUAUGUCCGAAUACGUCGCUGUUCCUAUCACAGCUGUAUAUUCCGUCCCUUCCCAUGUUACCCCAGAAGUAGCAUGUUUGGCCGAGCCUCUUUCAUGCGUAGUACAUGCUGUGGACAUGGGCGAAAUCAAGAGUGGUGAUCGUGUGCUUAUUAUUGGAGCUGGUCCAAUUGGUAUGAUGGCUUUGGCACUAUGCUCAACUGGUGGGGCCCAUGUAACGAUCAUUGAACCAAACGAGAUGCGUAGAAAAAUGGCUACUUCUAUUUUCAAGGCCAAUGUUGCGGUUGCUCCUGGUGCGUUGGUUCCUGGUGAUGGUGCUAAGGGUGAAGGUUACGAUGUUGUGUUUGAGUGUGUGGGAAGACCGGAGACCAUGAGCCAGGCUGUCCAGUUUGCCAAGGCCGGAGGAACUGUCGUAUGGGUUGGAGUGGCCAAAACAGAUGCUCGCGUUUCAGUAUCUCCCUUUGAUGUUUACCGAAAAGAACUCACUAUUCGGUCAACUUAUACAAACCCUUUUGGUAUGGAUAGGGCUGUCAAGAUUCUUGCAGAUGAAAAGGUAGACUGGAGCUCCCUUGUCACACAUUCCUUUCCCCUCCGGGAUUUUGAUGAAGCUUGGAAAGUGUUCCUGACUGGCACAGGACUCAAAGUCUGUAUCAAGCCUUAGAUCUAUUUAUAUGUUAUAUCCACUCUUCUAUACUAUUGUUUAUUAUCAGCCUUCAAUACUAUGUGGUAUAAAGUCACCCAGGGAUAAGAUAAAUAGUGGAAUCACAAAUAUAGCUAGUCAAUCUACUUGAUACAGUAGCUAUCUGAUUAGUGCAAUUCUAAAAACUCACCCCACCAUCAAAAUAAGCUACCUACUAUUAAUAAAAAUAAUAAUGCUUC